GACAGGAAGCGGACGGAACGUUCAUGGUGAAGGCUCAAGAGGCGCCCCGGCCGGUAUGAGAGGUGCUCUCCCCGCGGCGGCGGCGGCCUGAGGUAGCGGGGCGGCGGCGGCAGCAGCAGGGAGAAGGACACAUGAGAUGGCCACAGAUGACAGACAAUCUCCAACACUGGACUCUGUCAGUGAUCUGCCCCGCUCUCCUAGCAGUCCCUCUCAUCUCACUCUUUUCAAACCAUUGACUCCUGAUCAAGAUGAGCCUCCUUUUAAAUCUGCCUACAGCUCCUUUGUAAAUCUCUUUCGUUUUGGCAAAGAUGACGGUAGACUUGCAUCUCCUGCAGAGAGUGUCCAGGGCGAGCAGCAGGCACUGAGUGGGACUUGGUCCAGUCCUCAGCAUACCUCCAGGGCACAGUCUCUGAGGUCCCCGGUUCCAUACAAAAAGCAGCUUACUGGGGAGUUACAACGCAGAGUAUCUGCAACUUUAGACACACGAAGGAAAGUGGAACCUUCUCUCAGUGGCCAUGAUCCUCGGACAGCUGUUCAGCUUAGAAGUCUCAGCACGGUCUUAAAACGUCUCAAAGAAAUAAUGGAAGGGAAAAGCCAGGAUAGUGAUUUAAAGCAGUACUGGAUGCCAGACAGCCAAUGUAAAGAGUGUUAUGACUGUAGUGAGAAAUUCACCACCUUCCGGCGCAGACACCACUGUCGGCUGUGUGGGCAGAUCUUCUGUAGCCGAUGCUGCAACCAGGAAAUCCCUGGAAAAUUUAUGGGUUACACAGGGGAUCUCCGAGCUUGCACUUACUGCCGCAAAAUAGCUUUAAGCUACGCACACUCCACAGACAGUAACUGCAUUGGGGAAGACUUAAAUGCGCUCUCUGAUUCUACCUGUUGUGUAUCUGUACUGGAACCUGGGGAGCCACGCACACCUGUUGGGAGUAGAAAAGCUAGCCGAAAUAUCUUUUUGGAGGAGGAUCUUACUUGGCAAAGUCUGAUUCACCCAGAUUCUUCAACUACCACACUGUCAACACGCCUUGUGUCUGUACAAGAGGAUCCAGGGAAGUCUCCUGCUCGAAAUAGAUCGGCCAGCAUUACUAACUUGUCACUGGAUCGGUCUGCUUCACCCAUGGUGCCUGCGUACGAGACAUCCGUUAGUCCCCAGCCUAAUCGCACGUAUUUGAAAACAGAGACCAAUGAGGAUGAGCGCAAAAUUCUUCUGGACUCUGUCCAGUUGAAGGAUUUGUGGAAGAAAAUUUGCCAUCACAAUAGUGGGAUGGAGUUUCAGGACCACCGCUAUUGGCUGCGAACACAUCCCAACUGUAUUGUAGGAAAGGAACUAGUCAACUGGCUCAUCAGAAAUGGACACAUUACCACAAGAGCUCAAGCCAUCGCAAUAGGACAAGCACUGGUAGAUGGACGCUGGCUGGAUUGUGUCAGUCACCAUGAUCAAAUUUUUAGAGAUGAAUAUGCUCUGUACAGACCACUACAGAGCACAGAGUUCUCAGAAACCCCCUCUCCAGACAGUGAUUCGGUGAACUCCGUGGAGGGGCACUCCGAGCCAUCCUGGUUCAAAGACAUCAAGUUUGAUGACAGUGACACGGAACAGAUUGCUGACGAAGGGGAGGAUAACUUGGCCAACUCCGCCAGCCCUAGCAAGCGCACAUCAGUCAGCAGCUUCCAGUCCACAAUGGACAGUGACUCAGCCGCUUCCAUCAACCUGAACGUGGAGCUGGACAACGUGAACUUCCAUAUCAAGAAGCACUCCAAGUACCCUCAUGUGCCCCCUCACCCUGCCGACCAAAAAGAGUACUUGAAUCCUGACAACGGAGGGCAACAGAUGAUCUCAAUAAGUGACGCUUUCAUCAAGGAGUCACUGUUCAAUCGGAGGGUGGAGGAGAAAUCCAAAGAGCUGUUUUUCACACCUUUAGGCUGGCACCACAGCAAUCUGGAUCUGCUGAGGGAAGAGAAUGGGGAGAAACAAGCUAUGGAGAGGCUUCUCUCAGCUAAUCAUAACCACAUGAUGGCACUGCUUCAGCAGCUACUCAACAAUGAGUCAUUGUCAUUAUCCUGGAGGGAUAUCAUUGUGCCUGUGGUCUGCCAGGUAGUUCAGACUGUCCGACCUGAUGUCAAGAACAGAGACGAUGAUAUGGAUAUCCGCCAGUUUGUCCACAUUAAAAAGAUCCCAGGUGGAAAGAAAUUUGACUCUGUGGUGGUGAAUGGCUUUGUUUGCACCAAGAACGUUGCUCACAAAAAGAUGAAUACCUAUAUAAAAAAUCCCAAAAUUCUUCUGCUGAAGUGUUCCAUCGAGUACCUUUACCGAGAAGAAACAAAAUUCACCUGCAUAGACCCCAUUGUUCUUCAGGAAAGGGAGUUCUUGAAGAACUAUGUGCAGCGGAUAGUGGAUGUCAGGCCUACCCUGGUUCUGGUUGAGAAGACUGUGUCCCGAAUUGCCCAGGACAUGCUGCUGGAACAUGGCAUCACUCUGGUCAUCAAUGUCAAGCCGCAAGUAUUAGACCGAAUAAGUCGGAUGACUCAGGGAGACUUGGUGAUGUCAAUGGAUCAAUUGUUGACCAAACCACACUUGGGAACCUGUCAUAAAUUUUACAUGCAAGUGUUCCAGUUACCUAAUGAUCAAACCAAAACCUUAAUGUUUUUUGAAGGGUGCCCCCCACACUUGGGCUGCACCAUCAAGCUGCGUGGAGCUGCGGACUAUGAACUGACCCGAGUGAAGGAGAUCCUUAUCUUUAUGGUCUGUGUGGCUUAUCAUUCCCAGCUGGAAAUUUCUUUCCUUAUGGACGAGUUCGCCAUGCCCCCAUCUCUUACUAAAAACUUCCACACACUGAUUGAAAGCCAAGGAGAUGAAAAUGGGCACCAAGACCUCUUUAAUGGUGAGGAGUUUAGCACAGUGGUCAGAGAUGUUGAACUCUCUUCUGAAAAAGUGGCCAUGGUCUCUGAGUCUGUCUCUUCCGAUGAAGCCAGCACACUAGAGCAAAGAACUUUGUUUGAAGAAGAGGAUCAAGAUGAUGAUGAUGUCCUGCGAGAGGGUUCCUCUUUAAGGCACCAAGAGCUUCUCAGAAUGGAAUAUUCACUGCCAGUAUCAAGCAAUAUUACAACACCAGUACCAGAGUCGCGGCUACCCUUCCAUAAUACGGACCAACACCCAGGCAUUCUAUACAGUCAGCAUCUGGAGACUCUGCAGCAGCCAGGUGACCUGCAGGAUUCCAAAAGCCAGAUGAGAGUCUUUAGAGACCCUCUGCAGGAUGACACUGGUUUGUAUGUCAUGGAGGAAGUGACUUCCUCUGAGGAUCGCCUCAAGGCCUACUCCUUAGCAUUUAAACAGGAGCUGAAAGAUGUUAUUCUCUGUAUCUCGCCUGUGAUCACAUUCCAUGAACCUUUUCUUCUAACAGAAAUGGGCAUGAGGUGCCCUGCCCGGGAUUACUUCCCAGAGCAGGUCUAUUUGUCUCCUUUCCUCAACAAAGAGUAUAAGGAGUUGGAGAGCAGAAGGAAGAAACAGCUGUUAAGGGAUCUCUCUGGACUGCAAGGGAUAAAUGGAAGUAUCCAGGCAAAGGCCAUCCAGGUUUUGCCCACCCAUGAGCUAGUUAACACUAGAAUUGCAGAGCAUCUGGGUGAUAGCCAAAGCUUGGCCAGAAUGCUGGCAGAUUACCGGGCCAGAGGAGGAAGGAUACAACAGAAAAAUGCAGAUCCCUUUGCCCUGUGUAGAGAUGCAUCUGGUGUUCCUGGAGGAAAACCUGGAGGCAGAAAUGAAGAGGAUGAGAGAGGAUUGGUUCGGGGUGAAUCUGUUUGGUCUCAUAAGGUGGACUGUCUGAGUCCAGUAAACCAUCAGAGGCUGUGUGUUCUUUUCAGUAGCUCCUCUGCCCAAUCCAGCAAUGCUCCAAGUGCCUGCGUUAGCCCAUGGAUUGUGACGAUGGAGUUCUAUGGGAAGAACGACCUCACUCUAGGCGUGUUUUUAGAGCGGUAUUGUUUCAGGCCUUCCUACCAAUGCCCCAGCAUAUUUUGUGAAACACCGAUGGUGCACCAUGUUCGUCGCUUUGUCCACGGGCAAGGCUGUGUGCAGAUCAUACUGAAGGAGCUCGACUCGCCAGUCCCUGGAUACCAGCACACCAUCCUUACCUACUCCUGGUGUAGAUUGUGCAAACAGGUCACACCAGUUGUCCCACUUUCCAAUGAUUCUUGGUCCAUGUCAUUUGCAAAAUACCUUGAAUUGAGAUUCUACGGGCACCAGUACACGAGAAGAGCUAAUGCAGAGCCUUGCGGUCACUCCAUACACCAUGACUAUCACCAGUAUUUCUCAUAUAAUCAGAUGGUGGCAUCUUUCAGCUAUUCUCCAAUCCGGCUGCUGGAGGUAUGUGUCCCACACCCCAAAAUCUACAUCAAACGUCAAGCUCCGUUAAAGGUUACUAUUCUGCAGGAUCUGAAGGAUUUCUCUCAAAAGGUAUCACAGGUGUACCUUGCUGUUGAUGAUCGUCUCACUUCUUUGAAAACUGAUACUUUCAGCAAAACAAGGGAAGAGAAGAUGGAGGACCUUUUUGCACAAAAAGAGAUGGAAGAGGUAGAGUUCCGGAACUGGAUUGAGAAGAUCCAAGCAAGGAUGCUUUCACCUUCUUUGGACACCUCUCAGCAGUUGCAGUCGGUCUUUGAGUCUCUGAUAGCUAAAAAACAGAGCCUCUGUGAGAUGCUGCAGGCCUGGAAUAACAGAUUACAGGAUCUCUUCCAGCAGGAGAAAGGUAGAAAACGCCCCUCAGUACCACCGAGCCCUGGAAGAUUGAGACAAGGUGAAGAAAACAAGAUCAGUGCAAUGGACGCCUCUCCUCGCAAUGCUUCUCCAGCCCUACAGAAUGGAGAAAAAGACGACCGUUUCUUGACGACCCUGUCAAGUCAGAGCUCCACCAGCUCCACCCACCUCCAGCUUCCUACCCCACCUGAAAUUGUGUCAGAGCAGCUGACAGGGGGGCCUUCCUUUGCCAGUUCAGUCUCUGAACCAGACACCACCAGUAGCUCAGAAGAUAUAUUUGAUGGACACUCGUUGGGAUCUACAGACAGCCAGGUGAAGGAGAAAUCUACUAUGAAAGCUAUUUUGGCAAAUUUGUUGCCUGGAAACAGCUAUAAUCCCAUUCCAUUCCCCUUUGACCCAGAUAAGCACUACCUAAUGUAUGAACAUGAACGGGUACCCAUUGCAGUCUGUGAAAAGGAACCAAGCUCCAUUAUAGCUUUUGCGCUCAGUUGCAAGGAAUACAGGAACGGCUUAGAUGAGUUAUCCAAAGCAUCUCUGAAGAGCAGUUCUGAAGAAGGGCUUCCACCAAACAGUAUGUCGGACAACAAACCAAAGAGCAGCAGCCCAGUCCGAUUGCCUGAGACUAACGUGGGACAGGCAAACCGCACAGCUGAAGCAGAACAGCCAAAAAAGGUUUCCGGAGUUCUAUCCUUCUUCCGUGGAACAGGAGGGAAGAGCCCUGAUCUCUCUGCCCAGAAGAAAGAGACCUUACGUGGUGCAGAUAGUGCCUACUACCAGGUUGGACAGAUGGGCAAGGAGGGUCCAGAGAACCAAGGAGCAGAGACUCAAGAUGAAGCAGAUGGAGUGGAUGCACAAAAGAAGCAGCUAGCAAAUCCCCAUGUGGAACUUCAGUUUUCAGAUGCUAAUGCCAAAUUCUAUUGCCGGAUUUAUUAUGCCGGGGAGUUCCAUAAGAUGCGUGAUGUGAUCCUCGGGAGCUGUGAGGAGGACUUCAUCCGCUCCCUGUCUCACUCUCUGCCCUGGCAGGCUCGUGGAGGCAAGUCAGGAGCUGCGUUCUAUGUGACGGAAGAUGACAGAUUCAUUUUGAAGCAGAUGCCCCGUCUGGAGGUCCAGUCCUUCCUUGACUUUGCCCCACACUACUUCACUUACAUCACUAAUGCUGUUCAGCAGAAGAAACCAACGGCACUGGCCAAAAUACUUGGAGUGUAUCGGAUUGGAUACAAGAACUCUCAGAACAACACUGAGAAAAAGCUGGAUCUGCUUGUCAUGGAAAACCUUUUCUAUGGCAGAAAAAUGGCUCAGGUGUUUGACCUGAAGGGCUCCCUGCGGAACAGAAAUGUGAAAACAGACACUGGGAAGGAAAGCUGCGAUGUUGUCCUGCUCGAUGAAAAUCUGUUGAAGAUGGUACGGGACAACCCUCUGUAUAUCCGUUCCCACUGCAAGGCUGUGCUGAGGGCUUCCAUCCACAGUGAUUCCCACUUUCUUUCCAGCCACCUCAUCAUUGAUUAUUCUCUGCUGGUGGGUCGCGAUGAUACCAGCAAGGAGCUGGUGGUUGGGAUCAUUGAUUACAUUCGCACCUUUACCUGGGACAAAAAGCUUGAAAUGGUGGUGAAGUCAACAGGCAUCCUAGGAGGACAAGGUAAAAUGCCAACUGUGGUCUCUCCAGAACUGUACCGGACCAGGUUUUGUGAAGCAAUGGACAAGUAUUUCCUGAUGGUGCCGGAUCAUUGGACAGGGCUGGGUCUGAAUUGCUGAGCUAAAGCGCAUGUUGUGGUGAGCGGAGAAGCACAGUGAAAGAAAACAUUUCCUGAUAGAAGAGGACACAAACACCCUGGACUUUACGUUGCCAUUCCAGCUUCCCGCAGUAUGCAAAAGGAUUGCACACCUGCAUCUGCACAGGCCACGUGCAUCUGAAGUGUAAAAUCUGCCUCUUACCUGCACUUCAGUUUCUGACAUGAGAGGAUUACAGAUAAGGCUGGCAGAUGCAAGCUAUUGUAGGGAUCAGAGUUGGAACAUAUUGCUCAAGAAGAUUGAGAAUGGGGUGAUUUAUUAGCUCAGCCACAGGAAAGAGGACAGAAUCCAAUACAGAUUUUUUGUACGCUGUCCCACAUAUCAGAGCAUUGAAACGUGGUGCUGACCAGUUUAUGAUGGAUCGCUUUGCAGAGAAAUAGGUGAGCUCUGCAAGUAUUACACAACCUGUACAGUGGCUAAUGUGAGUGUGAAUCCAUAGAGCGGGUGUGUGUGAUUUGCAUCAGCGUCUAGUGUGAUAGUGCAAAGGACGUAGAAAGCUUUGAAAUAAGCACCCUGGUCAUGGAAAAUCUAACUUAAUUCAUAUCUACAAUGUUCAUUAUUGCUGCAGUGGUCUGAAGCAGACCUUGUAAGAAUCAGAGUGAAUAACUUGUCCUGUUAUGCACUGUACAAGUUCCGUUCUUGCAGGCUUCUAUAAACAAUAUUUGUGUGUGUUUUAGCCGGCUAUGACCAUUACACUGUCCUUUUAUUUGUACUGAACUUUUAUGGAGCUAA